GCCAUUGUCUUCACUGUAUAAAAGUCUUUCUUCUCUCUCUGGAUCAAUUUUAUAAGAAGGCUGCGAAUAGAAAACACCCUUCUAAAUCGUCAAAAGAUCAUCGGAUUUCCUGAAGUAAUAUUGAAUCCCAAAAUGCUGACUCUCACCAUCUUCUUCAUCUCACUCCUCCAUCUCGUCCUCCCCACCACCUCCACCUUCGCCUACAAUGCCACUGACAUCAUCCUCCUCGACUGCGGCUCACCGUCCAACACUACGUCAGUGGAUUGCCGACACUGGGAUGCCGAUAAUCGAUCUAUAUAUUCCUCCAACGACCCAAGCUCAUCAUUUUCCUUUUAUACCUCCCCUCAAGACCCUUCAGUUCCCACAGUUCCAUACCUCUCUGCACUCAUCAUUAAAUCUAAAUUCACCUACAGCUUCAAUGUCUCCCCUGGCCCAAAGUUCCUUCGUCUCUACUUCUACCCAGAAAUAUAUGACAAUUUUGACAGGACCGCUUCCUUUGACAUGACCACUUCCUUUUUCUCCGUUACUGCCAAUAACUACACCCUCUUGAAAAAUUUCAGUGCGCAUAUGCACCUGAUGACCAACGAGGACUUCUUGAUCGAAGAAUUCAUUGUUCCUGUGUGGGACAAUGAGAUUCUUAAUGUUACUUUCAUCCCUUCUCCGAACUCUUAUGCUUUCAUUAACGGCAUCGAAAUCGUUUCCAUGCCAAGCGGCCUCUACUUAAGUGGUAGGGAAAUCCCACAAGUGCUUCCAGUCGUUGGCCAAUUCUUCUUUUUGGAUAAUACCAGCACCUCACUUGAGACUCUUUAUCGGCUAAAUGUUGGUGGAAACCGCAUUGAGAGCGUGGAAGACACAGGAAUGUACCGAACCUGGAGUCAAGAUGGAGAUUAUCUUGUAUCAGAUUUUGGUUUGUCGAAAUUGGGUCCUACAAGCACAUCCGAGACCCACGUCAGCACAAUGGUGAAGGGUAGUUUCGGGUAUAUAGACCCAGAAUAUUUUCGUCUGCAGCGACUAACAGAUAAAUCUGACGUGUAUUCUUUUGGUGUGGUUUUAUUUGAGGUGCUGUGCGGCAAGCCUCCGGUCUUCGAGAGCCUUUCGGGGGAGAAAGUGGGCCUGGUACAAUGGGCCCAUGGUUGUUAUCAAAAUGGAAGCCUUGAUGAAAUCGUGGACCCGUCUCUGGCAGGCCAGAUUGCUCCGAUGGCCUUGCAGAAGUUCAGUGAGGUCGCGGAGAAUUGUGUUCGUGAGCGUGGAAAUGAACGUCCGACAAUGAGGGAUAUCGUGUGGGCAUUGGAGUCUACAUUGCAGCUUCAGGAAACCGAAGAAGAAAACACGAAUGAUAGUGAUGCUAUCAUCACCGAUGAGGGUUCAAGUCAAAACACGGUAAAAUCUCAAUCGAUAUCGGAUUAUCAGUCGACAGUUAAUAGUUAAUUAAGAAAUUAAGAAACAGUAUUUCAUAAUAGUUACUAGUAUAGUUUUCACUCAAUUAAUAGUAGACUAAGAAAUACAUAUUAAUAGAUGAUUAGUUAAAUUUAGCCGAAUGUGUGGUUAGUUGUGUAAGUAAGAGUGCAUAAAACUAUUGCUUGUUG